AAAUAUGGUGUUCCUACCCAGGAGGGUGAAGGCAUGUGCAAAGAUCAAGAAUUAUUCUUGGAGCAGUUGUUUGGGCCAGCCUCGACUCGUCCAGCUGACUGUGGGAAUCCCAUCACACCCCCGCCAUGGCAUGACAAAGCCAAAAUCAGAAGAGGACAAGCUGUGUUCCACCGGUACUUCCUGAGUGUGUUCGUGAGCAAUCUGGUUAGUCUGCUGAGCAUACUCACAGUGAAUAGCAUCCUGAAGGUGCUAAUAUUUACCAGGCGCUCCUCUACUCCUGAGGCCACCUUCAAGAGGUACCUGGGUACCUUAAACCAUGUUAGGAGAUGGUAUUCUGGUGAUAUCUUCGACCCACAGUCAAGUGCCUUCAAGUCCAUCCAGUUGGUGAGACGCAUGCAUACUAGCGCCUUCACCGACGCUCACAAGGCGAACAUUGCCAUAGCUUCUCAAGCAGAUAUGGUUGUGACUCAGUGGGCAUUUUUUGGACUCGUAAUAACACAUGGAGAGCAACUGGGGAUUCGCUGUACCAGAAAAGAGGAAGAGAGCCUUAUCCACUUCUGGAAGUGCAUUGGAUACCUUUUAGGCAUCGAGGACAGAUACAACCUUGGCUCAGGAGAAGUAGAGGAAGUGAGAGGCAAAUGUGAAGCAGUAAUGAAGGCAGUGAUCACUGUUGGAUUAACGAGUCCCCCUGAACAGUUCCCAGAGAUGGCAGACACCGUGCUGCAGGGGGUGCACAUGAUAGUCCCUGCGGUAGACCCUGCAGCAUUUCUGGCUUUCAUCCAUCACUUGCUAGCAGUUGAUCAUGAUCAAAACUUAUCAUGGUAUUCUACAUUCAUGUUAUAUAACAUGAUAUGGUCUUUGGGACAUGCUCUGCACUACCCUGUCCUUGGAGAGGUGCUUCGCAUCAUUCAGAAUGGACUUCUGAGCUUCGCAUUAUUUGUUUGUAAUUCUUUGCCAUUUGUUGCAUGGUUUUAUCGUUGGCUAGAAGUAAACAUUCUGAAUAUUGUAAUGUACUUGGGUUCACUUUACAAAAGAGCUCUACAUGGUCUUUUAAUUUUAUUCAGAAUUAAACAAUCUUAAUGUGAAAGCUUCUUUUGUCAGAGUAUAAUAAGAAUACUGCACACAUAAUACAAACCAAAACUCUUGAAUUGUAAACUGAACAAUUAUUUGUUAUAUUUGACUAUUAUUUACAGAUCUUAAACAGCAUGAUGCAACAUAAUAUUGUUAUUGAUAUAUAUUUCUGGGGGAAGGCCCAUGUAAGACCCUGAAGCUAUUAUCACUUAUAGUGUGCCAACUACUACAUCACAUUUGCUGCAGAGUCCUAUGUGGCCUACAUAGAACCAGGUUCGGAUCCUGUGGCAUUCUACGUAGAACCAGGUUCUAAACCUGACUACAUCUGGUUCUACAUAGGACCAGGUUCUGGCUCAUGGUUGCCUACGGGGACCAUGAGCCAGAACCUGGUCCCCCCUCAGAGACACAGGGAGCAUUGGCAUUUAUUUAUUAUGCCACCACUAAUAACAGCACUCAGAAAGUCAAUACAACAAAACAAAAACCAAGAAGUUGGCUUUAGAAGGGACCGAAGCCUCGAGAAUUGCCAGAAGAACUCCCCCCCGAAACAAUGUAAACAAAUUAUUGAUUUUUUUUUAAACUAGCUUCAGAUUGUUCGACUCGCCUUCCCCACUUGUUUUGGGGAAGGGGAAGUGGCUUGUGGUCAGCCAGCAACACCACCCUCAGUUCUAUGCUGAUGUGUUCAGUGUGUGCAUGGUUGCCUCUCUGGUGCUUAGGCUCCAGUGUUGUGCUUUUGUAUUGAUUGUUUUGUCUUGUGGGCAUUCCUCUGUGCAGUGUUGCAUGACAUUUUACAUUAGAGUACUUGGAGCUGCAUGAGGUGUUGGAUUCUCUUCCCUGUGUGCUUCAUUGUGAUGCCCUGGCACUUCAGGGUUAUCUUCCCUGAGAUGUUCAGGAAUUGCUACCUUGGAGGUCCUCCUUGCUUGUGGUAGCUCUCGCCCAGGCGGAGUUGUGUGUCCUCCAAUUUUCCUACCUUUACUCGGGUCAGGAGUAUCAUUGGCUGGUGUGGGGGUACGCUGUAUAUUUGCAUGCUCGGAUGUUUACACGCCAUGAUGAGGUAGGUCUUCCUAGUCACCGAAGCCAGGCUGUCUUGGCUUACUGUGUCGUUUCUAUACUUUCAAUUAGGAACACAAAAAAGAAAGGUAUACUCCAGACAGGAUAUAUUUCUUUUGAAUAGAACCAGUGGCACAUUUUUUCCUCGGGUCUAAUGUAGCAUCCCAGUGCUUGGGUAUCUCACUGUGUCAAUUCCUUCAGGCCUUGGAAAUGCCCUGCAGGUUCAGUGGUCUUUUGGUUUGGACCCGGCUGUUCCUGCACUCGCCUUAUGUGAGUUUCAGGGUUGCUCCUCAUACUUUCCACCUGAUGCCGUUCAGUCUGUCUGUCUCCUGAGCUGCCUGUUGAGUCAGUGACACCCUCGACCCUGAGUCAUGAGGGGGGGUUUUAUUUCCCAUAUGGCUCUUGUGUUGGCUCUCUUUGGUGGGACGUGGUCAGGCAGUGACCACUUUGUGGCUUCAGUCUGGGUUGUGCCCGGUUGGUUGUCUUGGAAAUGUCCCGUUGGUGGUUAUGGACCCCUGGAAUUAGAGAUAUUGGGUAACUUUUCCCGAGGUUUUGGCCACCCUUCCUCUUCCUUCCCUUCCAGUUCGGGUUCGCCCUCUCUCUCUCUUUUUUUUUUUUGAGAUAUAUACAA